AUGUCCUCCUUCUUCACACUCCCCUCCGCUAAAAAGCGGAAACGAAUCGAUACCUCAACAUCCAAUUCUGCCCCAAAGAAACGAAUCGCAUCCACAUCCACCGCCUCGAAAUCCAAGCCCUCGAAACCGGCCCCAAGAAAACCCCAGCGCGAUGAAAGUAUAUCUGGCAGCGACGACGAGAGUGACGGCGGUAUGGCAAGAGAAGAUGAUAUGGACUUGGAUCUAGCAGAUGGGAGCAGCAGUGAGGAAGAAGGAGGUUCAGACGCCGAAGAAACUGCAGCAGAGCGCCGUCUCCGCCUGGCAGAACGCUACCUCUCAAACAUCCGCAAUGAAGUUGAAGCUUCCGCCACGAAUGCAGACCCUUCCGCCUUUGACGCCGAAGAAAUAGACCGCGACCUCAUCGCCGAGCGUCUGAUUGAAGAUGUAGCUGAGUCAAAAGGACGCCUGUAUAGGAAUCUUGCUGGAGAACUAGAUUUUGAGAAUGCAACACAUAGCUGGUUUAGGUGGAAUAGCGAGACGGUUACGAGUAUUGCUACUUGUUCGCCGUGGGCAUAUACAGUCACGAAAGAUCUAGGUUUAAGCAAAUGGCGGAUCCAAGACCUCCCCUCUCAACAAUGGCUCCCCAAAAAAGGAAAGCGGAAAUCCAAAAAACCACCUCCCCCACCCAAACGCAAACCAGAACAAACCCUCUUUGUCCGCGGCGACAGACGAGAAAGCAAGAAUAACUCAUACCAAGGGCACGUCGACACGAUCCUCACCGUUACCGCCUCCCAAGACGGCAAAUUCGUCGUCACAGGGGGAAAAGACAGGCGCAUCGUAGUCUGGGAUGCUGCAACUCUAAAAUGCCUCCGCGUCUUCUCCCAACAUCGUGACUCUGUGUACGGGCUCGCUUUCAGAAGGGGUACAAACCAGCUGUACUCCGCUUCCAAAGACAGAACCAUCAAGAUCUGGAGUUUAGACGAACUCGCAUACGUCGAAACGCUGUUCGGCCACCAGGACGAAGUCGUCGACGUCUCAGCCCUCGCGCAGGAACGCUGCAUUUCAGUCGGAGCUAGAGACCGCACAGCGCGCUUAUGGAAAGUAGUCGAAGAGACACAGCUCGUCUUUCGCGGCGGUGGCGCCGAGAAGAAAUCCCGCUCAAAAUCCUCCUCCUCAUCUAGCAACCCAUCCCGCCCCUCCGCCCAAGAAGGCAGCAUCGACCGCGUCGCCAUGAUCGACGAGGAGAUGUUCGUCACCGGCUCCGACAACGGCUCGCUCUCCCUGUGGGUCGUCCACAAGAAGAAACCGCUCUUCGUCCUGCCCUUCUGUCAUGGCGUCGAUCCUGCUCUUCAGCUAGAAGACGUCUCGGCUGAGAAGAAACCGGAUCAGAAGGCCAGGCCGCAGGCUACGCCGAGGUGGAUCACGGCGCUGGCUACGAUCCCGUAUUCGGAUGUUAUUCUGAGUGGGAGUUGGGAUGGGGAGGUUAGGGCGUGGAGGGUGAGUGAGGAUCGGAAGAGGAUUGAGGCGUUGGGGACGUUGGGGAGUGAGGGGAUUGUUCCACCCACUACUCAAUCCACCUCAGAACUUCAAAAUGGCGACACAUCUCCUAAUAUCAAUGGCGAUGUAGCCACAGAAUCUGACGCAGUAUCACCCACAGCCCCUGUCAGAGGCGUCAUCAACGACAUCUCACUCUUCGAGAGAGGAGACAGAGGCAAAGACGGGGUAUGUGUCGUUGUGGCUGUAGGAAAGGAACAUCGGAUGGGAAGAUGGAAGAAAGUGGAUGGAGGGAAGAACGGGGGUGUUGUGUUUGAGAUACCACGGAUUGGCGGGGAGGUUGAGAAGACGAAUGGUGUUGUUGAGGUGGAUGAGUAA